AAUUCUCACCAUGGAUCCUACCACUGCCCCCGACAGCUUCACGACCAUCGACGAGAUUGACGCAGCCGUUGAGGACAUCCUGGCCCACAGCCUGCCCGAGGUGAUCAUCUACUCGAGGUUUACGAGCUUCGAAUUGCCCUUCUACGAGAGGUCGUAUGAACUGCGCCGGCUCACCGUCAUGAAGUAUCUCUGCCGUCAAAGCGCUGACGUGACGCGGCACCAGAGGGCGGAAGAGCAGCACAACCGCGUGGCCAUUCAGUCGGAGGACAUCACGCAGCGCCACUUUGAAGGAUUCAAGCGCGCCUUCCAAGAGAUAAACUACAUGAGCGGUAAUCCAUUUGGCAACAACCAGGUCCAAUAUUUUCUCGACUUAGGGUGCGCACCUGGGGGCUCCGCCACCUGGGUGUUGCAGAACAACAGGAACGCUCGAGGCGUCGGUGUCACCUUGUCCCCGGAGGCCAAAGGCAUCCGGAUACAACUUGGCACCAAGUUUCUGAAACGGUUCCGUGUCCAGUAUGGAGAUGUGUGCGAGAUUGCCACGGGACGAGCAACAAUAGGAGAGAUUCCAGACGGCGGUUUUGAGCUUGUCCUCGCGAAUGCUGCGAUCAUGUUGGCGGACGACAUCAUUCCCUGGGCGGACACAACCCGCCUGGUAUAUGCCCAGCUACUGGUUUCCCUCCAGCACAUCGCGCAGGGCGGCUCCCUGGUGAUCGGUUUGAGGUCGCUCCCUUUGAGAUGGAUCGUCGACAUCGUUCGCCUCCUGGGUCAGGCAUUCGCAUCGAUCAAAGCAGAAAACCCCUCAUAUCAGGGCCGACGCCCGUUCGCCUACAUCGUCUGCAAAGGAUUCAGUGCGACCGAUGAAGAGAAGGUCAGGUAUAUACAUCGCCUCGGCGAGUGCAUAGAGUAUUUGGGGAACAUCACCGGGCCUGUCGACGAUCCAUCCGGUGGGACGGCGAACAUCCCGCGUCUCUGCGGCACGCAAGACGAGACUAUCCCAGAAGAAACAUACCAGCAUAUAGUGGACAUGUUCGCCAACGUCUGGGAGCGCCAAUAUAACGCCAUUCAUUCCAAUUACGAAAAGGUACUACUAGAGCAGCAGGCUCGUGAAAGACUGAAUGCGCAGACGAGCGUAGGCGAAAACAUCGCAGGCGGACCUUGGCAACCUGUAGGACGUAGACCGGUCGCGCAGCCCAACGAAGGCGGCCCGUGCAAAUGGAGCCGUCCGACCGCACCGCCUGACGACAUCUACCGGAAGCGCCGCAUGGAGAGGAACGCGGCUUACAACACGUUCUUCAGUCGUCGCGAUAGCGCGAGCGGCAGCGCUGAUGGCCCCGGCACCUGGCGGAGGAGCUAGAUGUGAGGACAGUCCA